AUGACCUCCCUAAACCACACUGCCGGAAUGGAUUUCAUUCUUGUGGGACUCACAGACAGCCCAGUUCUGGAGAGAAUCCUCUUUGUGGUGUUUCUGCUCAUCUUUAUCAUCACAAUUGCAGGAAACCUGUGUAUGAUUGUGCUGAUCAGGACCGAUUCCCACCUGCAAACACCCAUGUAUUUCUUCCUUGGGCACCUCUCCUUUGUAGACAUUUGCUAUUCUUCCAAUGUUACUCCAAACAUGCUACAUGGUUUCAUCUCAGACCACAAGACGAUCACCUAUGCUGGAUGCUUCACACAGUGUCUACUCUUCAUUGCUCUGGUGACCACUGAAUUGUAUAUCCUUGCUUCAAUGGCACUGGACCGCUAUGUGGCCAUCUGUAGUCCUUUGCAUUACUGUACUAGGAUGUCCAAGAAUAUUUGUAUCUCUCUAGUCACAUUCCCAUAUGUGUUUGGUUUCCUGAAUGGGCUCUCUCAGACUCUGCUCACUUUCCAUUUGUCUUUCUGUGGCUCCCGUGAAAUCAACCACUUCUACUGUGCAGACCCUCCUCUCAUCAUGCUGGCCUGUUCUGAUACUCAAGUCAAAAAGAUGGCCAUGUUUGUGGUAGCUGGAUUUACUCUCAUAAGCUCUCUCUUUAUCAUUCUUAUGUCCUACUUAGGCAUUUUUGCAGCCAUCUUGAGGAUGCAUUCUGCUGAUGGUAGACAAAAGGCCUUUUCUACCUGUGGUUCCCACCUGAUAACAGUCACCAUAUAUUAUGGAACACUUUUCUGCAUGUAUUUAAAGCCGCCAUCUGAAAAAUCUAUAGGGGAGUCCAAAGUGAUUGCAGUUUUUUACACCUUUUUGAGCCCUUUGCUGAACCCUUUGAUCUAUAGCCUAAGGAAUAAGGAUGUCAUCAAUGCUAUGAAGCAGCUGACUAAGGGAAAUUCUGUCAGAAAAUUUUAG